AUGAAUCAGCUGCAUGAAGCAGAGUCCAUGUUCUCAAAAUAUGUGGAUAAGUGCCUGGAAGAAGGACCGGCAGCGAUGGGAUUCUUAUUCACAAAGGUCGAUCGCGCAGUCCUGGAUCCGGUUGGGAAGUUCUCGUGUUUUCUUGUUGACUGCUGCUUGGAUUGUUGUCUUAAUGAAAGCGAAAAGAACGUUACAUUCGCUGAAAAUGGCAUUCUGCAUUCUGCUGUGCUAAAAAGGAUUCUAACAAUAGCUCAAGAUUUUUCCUACCCUUUGACGGCCGAGAGCCAACUCCGUGUGGUCGAUUACAUAUUCCGAUCGUGGAAUUCUUCAGUCGAAGUUGUUUGCCAUGAAGCUGUCGACAUUUUCUUCAUGCUUCUCUCUAACCACUGUUUGGUUUGCUCGAAGUGUAGGGUUAGCUUUUGGAGUUCUUCAAACGAUGUGGGAUUUCUAUCCGAUGAAGCUUUCAUUGGGUUUUUAGUGUUCAUUGUAGGAAAGGUUGCGAAUGGUCGGACUCUUUGGCAAGGAAACUGUUUGAAAAUAACUCUCCUUGUCGUUCAAGAUCGUUGGGACCUCCACAACAAUAACAUACUGUCGUGCUUAUCCUCUCAGUCAGUCGGUGCUAGUACGGCGGUAAAGGAUCGUUUGCUGCCGAACCUCGCUAAGAGCAAGUUUCUCAAGGACAACUUUUUACCACAAUUGCUGGAUUAUAUAAAUCCUUUGUUCUACAAGCAACUAAAUUUAUCGAUGAAGCUAACGUCAAGACGCUACCAAGCAUUGGUUUCCUGUAUUGAUGAUCCGUUCGAAUUGUGCCAGAUUACUGCACUUAAUAUCCUUAAAAAACUUCCAGUUGAUGGAAGCUUCAACUAUAGUAUUUAUAAGAAUGAGACCAUAAAAAUGAUGAAUUCGAUUCGUUCGCACAAUACUCUUGCAGCUGGCUAUAGGAUGCAGUUUAGUGUACGACGUGUUCAUCAAGGUCACGUCUCCUCUUAUUUAAGAGAGUUUUAUAAAAAGCAAUCCGAGAGCCAAUUGACUGUAAGUUCUAUCGAUUUGGAUUGGUGGAUGCUGUUCAUACAGGAGCGCUUAGUUCCUCUGUGUUUCGAUAUUGCUGAAGUGGUAUCUCCUGCUGUUCAUUCCAUGUCACCUGAAGGUUAUAUUCCAGAUGACAUCUUAAAACAAAUAGCUAGUUCACACGGGAACACUCUUCAGAUGGAGGCUGAAGUUUCACAGCUGCUUCUCGUUUGUUGCUGGCGAGCUCACAAACAUGUUUCAACAAUUUUGGGAUUGCUUGUAACGAAACUCUGUCCAAUGGGAGCGCUAACGUCCAAAGACGUUGAUGGCAUUGGUGCCUACUACUGGUUGCAGCUAACCGAAUGCAAGCAUUGUGGGGCUUUCGAAAGUGCAGUGGAGGGCAUACACGCUCUCAAUGUUUUGAAGGCUUUAUUUUCGUCAGCAGCUCUUGCAGAGCGUGUUGUGCCUUCACUCGAAUGGGCUUGUCGUAUUGCGAUUAACGGUUGCUCAGCACCGACAUGGCCGGAGCGGAACGCGGCUGCUCAAUUGGCGGCAGCCCUUCGUUCUCGAAUCUUCGGGGUCGUUCACAAAACUCAGAGAGAUCUUAUUGUGGAUCAAAAAAAUCGUAAGAGUGCCUACGAAUUCUUUUCCAGGUUUCCUUCGCUUCAUGGUUAUCUGUACAAACAACUUUGCACUUGCAAGGAUGAAUUUAGUAUCUAUCCAGUACUGAUAUUUCUCACUCAUCUUUUCCCAUCUAACGCUGAUGUCACUGCUGUCGUAGAGAAGGGCCGUAAUCCGAAAUCAGUGCAAAAUUACCCACUUGCACCUUUCAUACCAGCAUUGCUACGGGUACUGUUAUGGUGUCGUGCCGAAAAAUUGCGAACGCUCACCGCUGCUGCAGUAGUCGCUGUUUCAAGAUUAAAACGCCCUCUUGCUAUGGCUAUGCUUCUUCGAGAUUUAGAUGACAGACAACUAUUUUCGGACCAAGCAUUACGGUUGGAAUUUUAUCGACAUGCUGAGAUAUCUAGAGCGAAUAUAAAGAUUCUGGACGUUAUUUAUCUCAACAAAGAUUUAUUUCGCACUGCUGACCUUAUGGCAAUUAGGGAAUGUAUUUCAUUCCGACUUGCAGAGCACUGGAGAAUGCCCAACACGAUAUCGAGGGCGCGUCGCGUGCUGGCAUUUAUUUCCAACGAGAAAACUGCUGCAGACGAUGAACUGGAGUGGAUGAAAUUAUGCCUUUCUGUGGAAGAGGAGAUUUCUAAGCGGAUCGCACUACAUGUAGGAGCACAUCGCACUGACGAGCGUGUGAUUGCUCGUAUGGUUGCUUUUCUUCAGGAUGAAGACAUUAGUAUUCGAGAAGAAGUUAGUUGUGAUAUCAAUUUCCACUCAACUAUAGGCUUCCUCGAUUUUAUCACCGAUUGUAUCAAAGACCAAUAUAGUAUUGAAUCCUGCAGUGUGUUAUCGACUGAUUAUGAACCUGAUGCCUUCUUCAAGGGAAGAAGUAAUGAAAUACGAGGCAGCUGUAAGAACAGCGAUCUCAGUCGAGAAGAACUGUAUCACGAAGAACAUGAUGGCUGUGAUGAUGGUGACCAGGACUGCGAUGGAGCUGCACCACGUGUGGGUAGCUUCGAUCCAACACAUCGACCCGCAUCCUCCGCCUCCAGCUAG